UGAAAGCAACCACCGAUGUCGUUUCGUCCGUCACCAUUCACCAAAUCUGUUAGAUAGUAGCUCCGUUCACGAAUCAGUGGCUUCUUCUGUCGAAGCUCUGCGAGACCAAGAAACGAAAAUGAAGCACAGAACAUGGCCUUCUUGCUCUGGGGCCUCUCGGUUUUCAUCUCUUCCAUUCCCUAUGAUAAGCAAUUCUGAUGUUUCCACGAAAAAUUCUACCUCGAAAACCCCUUCCAAACCAUCGGCUUACCCAGGCCGCUCGAUUCGACUCUGCUCAAGGGCAUCGUUGGAGUCCACACCUUCAGAAUCUUCAUCACAUGAUGCCGAUUUCUCUGCCCUUCCGUACGACGUUCUUGCGAAAAUCGCAGCUUCCUUUACCCUCCCGAACCUUCAAGCGGCUUCUUUAGUUUGUCGGUCGUGGUCGGAGGCGCUUAAGCCGUUGAGGGAGGCGAUGCUUCUUUUGAGUUGGGGAAAGCGAUUCAAGCAUGGAAAGCUACGUGUUCGUCCGAAUAUAGACAAGGCGCUUGAUUCUUUCCUAAAAGCUGCGGCUCGUGGCUCCGCUCUGGCUAUGGUUGAUGCGGGUCUGAUUUACUGGGAGAUGGGCGAGAAAGAGAAGGCGGUUGUUUUGUAUCAGAGCGCUGCCGAACUCGGAGACCCAGCUGGGCAGUGCAAUUUGGGGAUUUCUUAUUUGCAGGCUGAACCUCCAAAUAGUAAGGAAGCAUUAAGAUGGUUAUACAAAGCUUCAAUUGGUGGGAAUGCCCGUGCCCAAUACCAACUAGCACUUUGCCUUCAUCGAGGUCACAAGGUCAAUUGCAACAUAAAAGAAGCUGCUAAAUGGUAUUUGAAAGCUGCAGAAGGAGGGUAUGUGCGUGCAAUGUACAAUAUCUCCUUAUGCUACUCCUCUGGGGAAGGUCUGACACAUAAUCGUCAGCUUGCAAGAAAAUGGAUGAAGCGUGCUGCAGAUCAUGGUCACAGUAAAGCACAAUUCGAGCAUGGACUUUCUCUCUUUUCUGAGGGCGACUUGAUGAAAGCUGUGGUAUACUUAGAACUUGCCACACGUGCUGGUGAAAGAGCUGCCGCUCGUGUCAAGAAUGUAGUUCUGCAGCGGCUUUCAGCACCUUCACGGGAUCAUGCCAUGUUUCUUGCUGACAGGUGGCAUGCUUUGCCUUCAUGUUGAUUUGUCAUGUCUUGCAUGCGUGGCAAAGAAGAGUCCCAUAAUCCCAUUGCCUUGGCUGCUGAUGUUUCAACUUUCAGCAACUUGACAACAAAAUCGACAAAGCAAGCCAGAGAAUGGCAAAAAAAAAAAAGGGAACUGACAAGUCCCAUUGCUAGAAAUUUUGAAAAUAGUGAUCUUCCUUUGUAAAAUAACCUAGUUUGUGCUUGUAACUCUUAGACUUCUAGAAAGCAUGCAAUAGAUAUUAACAUUAUACAAGGCCGGUUUUGGGGUCCCUAGAAGUCCAGAAUGGCGCCAAAUUUGGUAGUCAUGUUCCUUUUGGAGUAUUGCACCCGUAUAUGGAAUUUUGAAGAAAAUGACUUUCUGAGAAGGUCAAGCUUUCGUGUCUGGGAUGGCAUUUCUAACCAAUAUUGUAGUGAUAAAAACAAAGGGCAAGGAUGCUGGUAUGUGUAAACUUUUGGAUCAUCUGAUUUUAAUAUAUGCUGAUUCUCCUAGACUUUUCCCCACAA